UGAUGGACAGUGACGAUUCCGGACAUACUAUAAUUUCCAUCUUUCAUGUUAUUUCUAUCGCGACUUUUACACUGAGGAAUUAAUGGCAUGAGUGCCACGGUUCAUUCUUUUGUUAGUCUUUGGACAUUCAGGUACGAAUAAUCAUGUUAGAGAAUUUUCUACGAGAGUACAAUAUCAACCGGAUAUUGUUGACGACCAUAGGUCUCUGGCCGUAUCAGGAUAAACUCGUGAGAAAUUUAUUAUGGACUUUCUGCUUUUUGCUCGCAAUAAGUCAUUAUCCAUUCGAGAUAUUACUAUUCUACGAUCAUCCGGAUGAUGCGCAAUUGAUUUUUGAAGGUGGUUAUCAAAUUCUAGUCUUGACUGAUCUUACCAUAAGACAUUUAAAAGAUGUUUUGAACCGUGACAAGAUGCGAUGGUUGUACGAAGCCAUGGACAAACAUUGGAAUAUAUUUACGGAUGAUAUAGAAAUACGAAUCAUGAAAGAAUAUUCUACGUUAUCGCGAACAAUUGUGAAAUUUUUUACAAUGUAUGCUUUUGCUUUAUUAUUGGCGAUUAUAAUAAUACCAUUAACACCAGUAUUCCUAGACAUAAUAAUUCCACUUAAUGAAUCACGUCCGCGAUUCUUUGCGAUGGAAAUCGAAUUCAGGAUGAAUAAAGAUGAUUACUUUCUACCAAUUUUUUUUUAUACUUCUGCUUUAAUUGUGGCGAAUACACUCAUCAUGUUAGGCGUUGAUACAAUGCAUAUUGCAUGCACUGCUCAUGCAUGUGGUUUAUUUGCGGCUGUCAGUAAGAAAAUCGAAAAUAUAAUGUUAAAAGUGGACGACAAUAACAAUGAUAUUGGGGACAAUAAGUCUAGUAUAAAUAAGAAAUUUGAUUUGUGUGUAUCAAGCGAAGAAAUGAUAUACUGGAAAUACGUAACAUGUUUAAAAAAACAUCAGCUUGCUAUAAAAUUUGUUGAUGUAUUAAAUUCAUCGCAUCAAGGAUAUGCAGUGAUUCAAUUAAUAAUACUUAUUCUAAUCGUGAAUCUAAUUGGACUUCGAAUCGUAAAUGUAUUAGAUAAAUUGGAAGCAGUGAUAAAGCUUGUGAUUAUAUUCGUGGGAUGUAUUGGUAGUGUAUUGAUCACAUGUUACUGCGGUCAGAGAAUAAUGGAUGAAAGUCAGAACAUAUUCCAUGGAGCAUAUGCUGCAGAAUGGUACAAGUUCUCACCUAGACUAAAAUCUUUAUUGAUAAUAACUCUUUACAGAAGUAGUACACCAUGCGAAUUAAAAGCAGGCAAUAUGAUUCCGUUAUCCAUCGCGACUUAUGCAACGCACUGCUAUCACAUGCCACUCUACAAAGUGAUCAAUAAACGUUAUCUCAUAGAUGAAGAAAGUGGCGUGCCACGCUUCAUUCUGUUGUUAGUCUUUGGACAUUCAGGUCUCUGGCCGUAUCAGGAUAAACUCGUGAGAAGUUUAUUAUGGACUUUCUGCUUUUUGCUCGAAAUAAGUUAUUAUCCUUUCGAGAUAUUACUAUUCUACGAUCAUCCGGACGAUGCGCAAUUGAUUUUUGAAGGUGGUUAUCAAACUUUAAUCUUAACUGCUUUUGUCAUGAGACAUUUAAAAGAUGUUUUGAACCACGACAAGAUGCGAUGGAUGUACGAAGCCAUGGACAACCAUUGGAAUAUAUUUACGGAUGAUAUAGAAAUACAAAUCAUGAAAGAAUAUUCUAUGUUAUCGCAAACAUUUGUGAAAUUUUAUACAAUGCUAUUUUUUUCUAUAUUAUUGGUGCUUAUGAUCAUGCCAUUAACACCAGUAUUCCUAGACAUAAUAGUUCCACUUAAUGAAUCACGUCCGCGAUUCUUUGCGAUGGAAAUCGAAUUCAGGGUGAAUAAAGAUGAUUACUUUCUACCAAUUUUUUUUUAUACUUUUGCUGUAAUUGUGGCGGGUGCAUUCAUCACGUUAGGCGUCGAUGCAAUGCAUAUUGCAUGCACUGCUCAUGCAUGUGGUUUAUUUGCGGCUGUCAGUAAGAAAAUCGAAAAUGUAAUGUUAAAAGUGGACGACAAUAACAAUGAUAUUAGGGAAAAUAAGUUUAGUAUAAAUAAAAAUUUUGAUUUGUGUGUAUCAAGCGAAGAAAUAAUAUACCAGGAAUACAUAAAAUGUUUAAAAAAACAUCAACUUGCUAUAGAAUUUGUGGACAUAUUAAAUUCCUCAUAUCAAGGAUGUGCAUUAGCUAUAUUGAUAUUGUUUAUUGGAAUUUUGUGUCUGAUUGGACUUCGAAUCAUUUAUGUAUUAGAUCAAUUGGGAACAUUGAUAAAAUUUGUCCUUGUAUUUACAUCAACAUUGUUUUCUCUGAUGAUCACAUGUUACUCCGGCCAGAGAAUAAUGGAUGAAAGUCAGAAUAUAUUCUAUGCAGUAUACGCUACAGAAUGGUACAAGUUCUCACCUAGACUAAAAUCAUUAUUGAGAAUAACUCUAUACAGAAGUAAUGUACCGUGCGGAUUAAAGGCAGGCAAUAUGAUUCCGUUAUCCAUCGCGACUUAUGCAAAGGUAGUACGAAUGUCUAUGUCUUACCUCACAGCGUUAUUAUCAAUACAAGACUGAUUACUGAGUGUUCAAUUAGUUCUUCACCGAUCUUCGUUUCGUCUCAAUGCCAAUAAACUAUU